AGUGUUUGCUGCCAACUGAUCAGUGAGCAAGUACGCGCCGUAGUGUAAGCACAAGACGAAUCACGUGUUCCCCGAGUCCCUCUCAUCGUGGCUGUCAAUCGAGUUGAUUUACCCAAAGCUCUCCAAGUUCCAGCUCAGUGAAAACUUUUGUUGAGCGUUCCAUCUUUUCUCUUUUUUUCCAAAAAAUAAUUGAUGACAUGGACUGCAGGUCACCGCAACAUUGCUUUGUAACGAUAAAGUUCAUCUCUUUGACGGAUGCGUUUUGAAACAGGAGUCGCGCGCACGUUAUCGAAUUUGUCAAAUAUAGUUCAAAUCUCUCACCUCGUACAGCUCUUGCAAUAUGAAUCAGCAAACAGCGACUCCUGAGACUUGUAACGAACUUUCGAUAGACGUCGAUGUUCCACCACAAUCGUUGCAUCAACCAGAAAAGGAGUCAAAUUUCGACAGGGCUCAUCUAACAACGGUUCAUGCAGAUGAAUGUUGGAGAGGAGAAGAUGCCCACAUCACUGGAACGAAAGAGAGUUCAGAGGAGUCCUCAGCUUUGCUGGGCACCGCAGAGACUGAGACUAAGGCCAGGAUAGAGAAAGUGACAGAAGAUGGUGGAAAAGCGAAAGGAGAAGACAGUGACAGCGAAGAUUCUUCGACGGUCUAUUCCAUUCAUUACAAAAGUCCAGUCCACGGCUGCUUCCAACGCUACAGGGACAGCGUCGCUUAUUGGUGGCUUGGAUUCUGCAACAAUUUCACGUACUGGGUGAUGAUCACUGCUGCUUAUGAUCUGCUAACGCCGGAAUAUCAUCAACCCGGAGAAGGUCUACUACUGACGGACGUCGUCAGGAACGUCUCGGAAGAGGUGACCAGCGUCUGGGCGAAUGAGUCGUCUCCUGCCGAAGCUGAAAACACCUUUACCUGCCAAGAACAGUCCACUGGCGCAAUCCUAGUGGCCGACACCCUGCCUGCAACAGUCAUAACACUGGCUAGCCCUCUAAUUCUGCUGUGGGAGGUGAACAUCCGAGUGGCUCUGGUCACAGUACUGUGCGCGGCGUCCUAUCUGAUAUUAGGACUGGCUCAUCCACGGCACGUCUUUUUAGGGGUGGCUCUAGCAUCGGCCUCCAGAGGGUUCUCAGAUUCCGCCUUCCUUGGCCAUGCUUCACAUUAUCCCAAGCAGGUACUUUCAACGUGGUCUGCUGGAACAGGUGCGGCUACAUUCCUUGGACCCAUGCUGUAUUCAAGCCUUACCACUGGAGGGCUUGAUCCACGUCAUGCACUUCUGAUAUUCCUAGCAAUACCUGUAAUAACAGCAGUGAGUUUUUGGUGUCUCUUGGGCCACUACGAGAAGGAUGUGAGCGGGAAAGAAACAGAGGACCUUGGUGAGCUUGAAGCAGCCAAGUCAGAUCAAGAAUUAGAAGAAAAGAAGAGCGAGAUGAACCGAUUCAAGGAAAACAUUUUAGUCUUUAUGAAAGCUCUGAAGUAUAUUUUCCCUCUAUCACUUUUCUAUUUCAUCAUGUACCUCACCAAUCAAGGACUGCUAGAACUGGUCUUCUUUCCUUCGUCAUUCUUAACACAUGCACAACAAUAUUCGUGGAGCAAUACCAUUCGUUGCUUGGGUACUUUUAUCUCAAGAAGUGCCCACACCAUAAUGCUGCUACCUAACUCUUGGGUUUACAACUCAGCUGCACUGGCGAUACUGUGCAUCAUAGGAACUGAAGCCUACUAUCAUUAUCUACCCUCUGAGUACAUCGUCUUCACUUUGCUCUUCAUUCAAGGACUUCUCGAAGGAGCAGCAUUUAGGACAACUGUUUUUCAUAUUCACAGCCACACGAGUGACAAAGAGCGUAGUUUCUCCCUGGGUGUAUUUCCAGCGUCUCUCUUCCCUCCGGCCCUGACAGCUGGCUUCGCUUCAAUGCCAGUCCACAAUUUCUUCUGCAAACAUCACGCGUUUAAAAUGUAAUUGCCCACAAUGAUUUGUACUGAUGAAGAAUCUGGCGGCACAAAGUGACCAAACGUCAUAAAACAUUUAAUGUUC